UGUGGGUGUGAGCGGAGAAGUAAAAUGGCGGACUUGGCAAACGAAGACAAGCCUGCCAUAGCGCCUCCUGUGUUUGUUUUCCAAAAAGAUAAAGCACAGAAGCGAUCAGGAGAAGGAUCUAGUGCUGAGGAUGGAGAAGAUUCCGAUAAAGAUGAGGGAACCUACUACCCCCCGGUGAAAAGGGAGCGGACCUCAUCGUUAACACAGCAGUUCCCGCCCUCACAUUCUGUUCCCAAGAACAAUGUAUUCAUGCCCUCGAGUUUCUGCCAGUCGCCAACUGGGAAUUCUGACUCUGAGCCAGAGGAGAAGCCUGUGGGGUUCCGUUUAAAGCCUCCAACUCUCAUACAUGGACAAGCACCGAGUUCAGGCGUUCCGAGUCAGAAACCCAAGGAACAGCAACGUAGUGUUUUGCGCCCUGCAGUGCUCCAGGCACCGCCCUCCAAAACCCACACAGAGUCCAACUCUAGCUGUGGUACCAAUGGAGUGAAGAAGUCAUCAGAUGGGGCAACUCUAACCCAAUCCAUUUUCUUGAACAAUACGGAACACUCAGCUGGCCAAGCCAAAUCACCGAUGCAUAAAAAUGAGGAAGACGGAGCGAGUGGUAUUAAAGAGGGAAGCAGAGGCGAGAAAAAAGAUGCAGAUAUAGCCACAUCAUUUGUGUUUGGUCAGAAUAUCAAAGACAGAGCAAAGGUAGAAGAGAACAAUACAGACGACAAGGCAAAGGACGGCAUACCACCGGAAUCUCAGUCAGAGGGCACUAAUUAUUUCUUGCAGUACAUCUCCACCCCAAGCUCAAAAAAUGCCACAAACAACGCAGAUACUGGGGCAAAAUUUGUCUUUGGACAGAAUAUGUCUGAACGAGUUUUGAGUCCACCUAAAGGUGAGUCGUCAUGUGAGGAGAAUAAAGAGGCUUCAGGUGCCCCUUUGUCAGAGUCCUCUUCACAGGAAGCCACUCCAGAAAAGGUUAAUUGUGUGACUGAGUCUUUGGAGGAGUCUGCAGCAGCGUACACCAAAGCCACAGCCAAGAAGUGCAUCUUAGAGAAAGUCGACGUCAAAACUGGAGAGGAAUCGGAGAGCAAUGUUUUACAGAUUCAGUGCAAGUUAUUUGUGUUUGAGAAGACAGCACAGUCGUGGAUUGAGAGAGGUCGAGGACUCCUGAGGCUCAACGACAUGGCGUCUACGGACGAUGGAACGCUACAGUCCCGUCUCGUGAUGAGGACCCAGGGCAGCCUGCGCUUGAUCCUCAACACCAAGCUCUGGCCUCAGAUGCAGGUGGACAAGGCUAGCGAGAAGAGUGUGCGCAUCACUGCCAUGGACACAGAGGACCAGGGAGUCAAAGUCUUCCUAAUAUCAGCCAGCUCCAAGGACACAGGGCAACUAGCUGCAGCCCUGCACCACCGUAUCCUGGCCCUGAAGAGCAGGGCGGAGCAGGAGCCUGAGGUCCCGGCAGCAGCCAUCCCAGAGACUGAGGUACCCCAGUCCAACGAGGAGGACAGCGAUGAGGAUGAGGUGGCUAAUGCUGCCUCUGCCUCCACCCCUGUUACAGGUAACUCAGAGGGAGGAGACAACCAGGCAGCUGGGAGCACAUAGCGUCCCCCCUGCUCCAGGACGGCCUGCUAUGAUGCUGCUGUGGAGGCAUUUUGCUGUGGGCUUCUCCAUGGACACCCCUUGACCAACAUGGGUCCCCUGACCAGUACUUUUGGAUAUUAGAAGUCUAGCUCCAGGAAGUAACCCCCUGCGCCGGAGUGUCUCACCCAACUUGUGCAGUUCAUCUUCUCUGCAUUCAACGUAAUAUCUGGAGUUGUUACUCCCCCUUCCCUCCCCACUUCUUCCCCUUCCUCUUGUUUUGUGUUUUUGUUUUUGAGUAUUAUGAUAUUUUUUUUUUCCGAUAGCAAAAUUAAAGACUUAAGAGCUUUGGUUUGGGACUUGUCUGCUCAUCAUAUUGAUGAGUCUAAGGGUGUUUCUUCCUCUACAUUUUAAAGUCUGGCACAUGUUAAGACUGCAGUUUCUACUUUGGGACCUUUGUACUCACUCUGCUACAGCUGUACCUCUGGGAGCCACACAUCCAGAGGAGCUUCAUUCACAGUGUAUUGACUAGUCAUCCAGUCAGGUGUUUAUACAUCCAAGUCUUUCCUUGUUCCUUAGCCUCCAUCCGAACUGAUCUGUUGGUUAGUUUCUGACAAAUGAAAUUUUAAAACUUUUUUUUUUUUGGUCAUUUUUUCCCACAAGGCAACUUAACACAUAUGCACUGUUUGUAAUGGCUAGCGGAGACCACUCAUGUUGUCUAUAAUAGCGGUUUUCUUGUGUUUCCUGACCUAUAUCGUAGUGAAUAAUAAAGGACUAAAUACAAUCCAGGCUCUCCUAAUUUGAGUUGGUGAGAGUGAGAGUAAAAGGGUUCGCCUGAAAAUUUCUCUAAAUUGAUGAGACAUUGUGUUAGUCAUUGACCCUUGUGUUUUUUUUAUAUAUAUAUAUAUAGACAUGUUUUUCCAUUUCUCAGAGAUUAACAUCAAUCAGCAUUCUGCAUGUAACUGCUUUCUUUCCAACAUCCCGAAGGUUUAUAUUAUGUUGAUACAUAUUUUUUAUUUUGAAAAUAUAAACUUUUUAUCCAUUUUCAUUUGGAAAAAAAAUAGUGUUGGAAUGAAGACUUAUUUUGUGUGGAAAAUGAGUGAUAACUGUAAUACCCUUGAAUGUCAUGUACAUUUGAAUAUAUUAUCAUUUAGUAGCACACCAUGUUUCUCAACUCCUCCAACUGCCCCCUUUACAAAUAAAACAUU